AUGAACAGCUUACAUGAAUUUACCAAAUUUUCAAACCUCCCGACUGAGAUACGCUUGAUGAUCUGGGAGCAUAUCCCGCAGCCAGUUCGUGUUGUCGGCUACCUGCCAUGCGCCGAAUGCUGGAAUAGCUAUAAGCUACAGGAGUCCCUAAGACACGAAACCCGGCGCCACUGCGCCCUGGAUCGGCACCCAGAAUGGAAGCUGCGAUACGUGGUCCAGCCACGCGAGCAAGCCAUUUUCCCACCAUUACAUACAUGUCGCGAAUCGCGUGCUAUCUGGCUAUCUCGAUACUUCCGUCCACCUCGGUAUCCAACCCUCAUCGGAGGAGAAGGGUAUGCUCUGCGAUUCGAUGUUCCCUUCAUCAGCUACGAAAAGGAUAUCAUCACCUCCUGGAGAGCCUGGACUGGCGAAGACAUUGCCGACCGUUUAGUGGACAAUCCCUUACUUAGCCUCGAUUUAUUCUUGGGAUUAGACCGCGCAAAAAGUCAACACGUCGGGUUGGGCGAGAUCUUCGAACGCUUUUCUCCCGCUGUGACGGCACUGGAAAUGCCACUAUUUCCGCAGUUGCGUGCGCUGUCUCUGUUGGUUGCUGGGCCAGAUUGGGCGGCUGGCCAUCGAUGGCUCGAGAUGCCGAUCAUAUUCAUUCAACAGGUUGACUGUGAGUUGCGAAAUUUACCAGAGUUGAGCCUGCUGCAUCACCCCUUCUUCGGUGAACAUUUACUCCGGAAUCCCGUUUCGCAGCUCGGUCCCAACAUUCGGCCGUUACACAGAUAUUGGAAAGUAUUGAAAGCCUUGUUAUGGCAUGAGUAG